GCCGGACCGGGCCGCCACGACUUGGGCCUCCGCAUCGAAGCUGCCCAAGUUCGAGUCCCGCGCACUGGACUGGCGCGAGGCGUGCGAGGCGGAGGUUUCCAUCUGACUGCCAACAAACGGACUACUUUCGCCGGUAAAAGUAGCAUAGCAAGGCUGACUUGCCUUAUUAUCUUUUUGGCAGAAAAUCCACAGCAGAUAAAGUUGGCGCCGAAAAAGAAGAAGCAAAAUAGUCCCAAACUGAGCGCUGUCCUGCGGUACUGGAGACUGGCGAUCUGCAGUUCCGUCUCGUUCAUUGCUCGCCGCGUCGUCAUCUCGACGGCCAACGGGCCCUGGCUCUGCCCGGCAACCAGACCAGCCCAGCCGGCCAGACAGACUGCCAGCAGCCAGGCCGGAAUCGGGAGGAGGCCGGUGGAAAAAAAUGGGAAGAUGCCUCCGCAGGAGGCUGGUCGAGGAGGCAUGGCCGACGCGGUGACGUCCAACACGACCUUUCAAGUCACGCCCAGUCGAGGAAGUGGGGAGUGGGGCUGGGAGGAGCGGAGGAGCGGAGCAGCGGCGUCAAGUGAGUUGUCCGGUUCGAGUAACGCGGAGUUACCAGACACAGCACCAAGUCCCGACAGACGCAAGAACCGUUGGCAAUGCGACAGACAGUCUGCACCAACACUCACAGCAACACCGACGCCUCUGCUCGAAGCGUCUGGAGUGCUGCUCGCCUGA